AUGCUUCACAACAGCGAGAACAAGGUGGCAACCCACCAGACAGACAACUCCUCCACCGAAAAGGUCGACUAUGAAAAGGCCGUCUCUUUCCACGAAGAUGCCUCCCAGGAAGUUUUUGACGAGCCCGCCACCAAGCGUCUCCUGCGCAAGAUGGAUGUCAAGCUCCUCCCCUUCCUAGCUCUCCUCUACCUCCUCUCAUUCCUCGACCGAACAAACAUUGGCAAUGCAAAGCUCGCCGGCCUCGAAGAGGCUCUGGGUAUGACGGGCAAGUGGGACUACAACAUCGCCGUCGCUGUCUUCUUCCCCUUCUACGUCGCCGCUGAGAUCCCCUCCAACAUGGCCAUGAAGCGCUUCCGUCCUUCUAUCUGGAUUCCUUCCAUCAUGGUUGCUUGGGCUAUCUGCACUACCCUUAUGGGUAUCACUCACAACUUUGGCGGCUUCCUUGCUUCGCGUAUGGCUCUGGGUCUUGCUGAGGGUGGUCUGUUCCCUGGUAUUACUUACUACAUUACCCUUUGGUACAAGCGCCACGAGUGCGGUCUUCGCAUGGCUAUCUUCUUCUCUGCCGCUACUGCCGCUGGUGCCUUUGGCGGUCUCUUCGCCCGUGGUGUCAUGGAAAUGGAUGGUGUUGGUGGUCUUGAUGGUUGGGCUUGGAUCUUCAUUAUUGAGGGUCUUCUCACCUUCGUCUUUGCUGUCAUGGCUUUCUUUGUCAUGCACGACUACCCCGACACUGCCAAGUUCCUCAAUGACUCUGAGCGCAAAGAGGUCCUCCGACGUCUUGAGGAGGAUCGCUCUGUCCUUUCUGAUGCUUUCGACAUCAAAUUCGCCAAGGAUGCUCUCAAGGACUGGAAGAUCUGGGUGCACAUGAUCAUCACCAUCGGCAUCUACACUCCUCUCUACUCCAUCUCCAUCUUCCUGCCCACCAUUGUCAAGUCUCUUGGCUACACCAACGAGGUUGCUCAGCUCAUGACUGUCCCUCCCUACGUUGUUGCCUGUCUCUUCACCAUCGGUGGUGGUUUCGCUGCUGACAGGCACGGCCAGCGUGGUAUCUACAUGAUUGGUUUCUGCAUUGUCGCCAUCAUCGGUUUCAUCAUCCUCGCUACUGUCGACUCCCACGGUGCCAAGUACUUCGCCGCUUUCAUGAUCACCUGUGGUAUCUACCCCAACGUUCCUCAAGGUGUCGCCUGGAACGGCAACAACAUUGGAGGUUCCCUCAAGCGCGGUGUCGGUAUUGCCAUGCACGUUGGCUUCGGUAACCUCGGUGGUGCCGUCUCCGGCUUCGUUUACCGCAAGGACGAUGCUCCCAACUACCGAUCUGGCCACUGGACUCUCGUCGCCACAACCACCAUGUCCUGCAUCCUCAGCAUCUUCAUGACCAUCUACCUCCGCCGCGAGAACGCCCGUCGUGAUGCCACUCACAAGGCCCCUCAUGAGUACACCCGCGCUGAGAAGGAGUUGGAGCAGAACUCUGGCGAUGACGCCACCUUCUUCCGAUACACUGUUUAA